AUGCCGGCACUCCUCCGACUCCGAUUGAAGCCUUCGUUCGCGCAAGCUCGGCCAUGCGCGCUCACGUUUCCAAGCCUCCGAGCAUCCAAUCCCUACUCUACCUCCCUCCGUCGAGCAGCGACCGCAUCUCUUUCCCAAAAUCUCGACCUUCCAGCCUUAGACAAGAAAUGGCAAGCGAAAUGGCAGUCCGCGGGCGCGUCAUCGCGACCGGCCGCGGAAACGAGCUCGCAACCCAAGCCCAAAUCCUACGUCCUGUCCAUGUUCCCAUACCCGUCUGGCACACUGCAUAUGGGCCAUCUUCGAGUAUACACGAUCUCCGAUGUGAUUUCACGCUACUACAAGAUGUGCGGACAUGAUGUCUUGCAUCCCAUGGGCUGGGAUGCGUUCGGGCUGCCAGCGGAGAAUGCGGCGAUCGAGCGAGGCGUCGACCCGGCGGUUUGGACGGAGCAGAAUAUCGCGAAGAUGAAGGAGCAGUUGCAGUGUAUCUCUGCUUCGUUUGACUGGGAUAGAGAGUUGGCGACUUGCGCACCUGAAUUCUACGAGCAAACGCAGCGCAUCUUCUUGAUGCUAUACGAAAAGGGAUUGGCAUACCAGGCCGAAGCAUUGGUCAACUACGACCCCGUUGACAAGACUGUGCUGGCAAACGAACAAGUGGACGCGAAUGGCUUCUCAUGGCGAUCAGGCGCGAAAGUUGAAAAGUUGAAUCUGAAGCAGUGGUUCUUCCGUAUCACCCAGUUCAAAGAAGCUCUAUUGAAAGAUCUCGACUCGCUGUCUGGAGGCUGGCCCGAACGCGUUCUGUCUAUGCAGCGGAAUUGGCUUGGGAAAUCACAUGGAGCAAACGUCACGUUCCCCGUCACGACUGGCGGAGAUGGUCAGGAAGUCAAGGUGGACGUGUUUACGACGCGCCCGGAUACUCUGUAUGGCGUUGAAUACCUCGCCCUGUCGUUGGACCAUCCAAUCGUCGCAAAGGCUGGCGAGAAGGACGCAGCGCUUCGAAAAUUCUUGGACGAAGCUUCCUCGCUGCCGGCGGAUUCAAAGGCUGGUUAUCGCUUGAACGAUGUGUUUGCGUCCCAUCCUUUGCGCAUGAUCGACACAGAAAGUCCCCACGUCCAGAGGAAGCUUCCAAUUUUCGUGGCGCCGUAUGUCUUGAGUGACUACGGAGAGGGGGCUGUGAUGGCCGUUCCUGGCCACGACAACAGAGAUAUGGCCUUUUUCAAAGAAAAUGUCAACCCCGAGUACAUUCCCAUCGUCAUCGAACCAGAGUCUUCCGAAAACGCAACGAGCGACAGCAUCGUACUAGCCAAAGGGGCCAAAGCCUUCACUCAGGAUGGGCUUUUAACCUCGCGAUGCGGAAAGUACCAAGGUCUUCACUCCAAGGAGGCCGCAAAGCAAAUUGUGGCAGACCUGGAAAAGGUCGGGCAGGCCAAGUUUGUCGAGACCUGGCGCCUUCGCGACUGGUUGAUCAGCCGGCAGAGAUACUGGGGAGCUCCUAUUCCGAUCAUCCACUGUGGUGAUUGUGGCCCUGUUCCAGUACCGGCGAAAGACCUGCCCGUUAAACUGCCCAAGAUUGAAGGAGAUUGGCUGAAGGGGAAGAAGGGUAACCCACUUGAAUCGUCGAAGGAAUGGCUUCACACGAGUUGCCCUAGCUGUGGCGGUGCUGCAAAGCGUGACACCGAUACUAUGGAUACCUUUGUGGAUUCGUCUUGGUACUAUCUGCGAUUCUUGGAUCCUGCAAACAAAGACGCUCCAUUCUCCUCUUCCGUCGUCCGGCCUGUGGAUGUGUACAUCGGUGGCGUGGAGCAUGCUAUCUUGCAUCUGCUUUAUGCUCGAUUUAUCUACAAGUUCCUUGCCCAGUCAGACCUGUUCCCAGCCAUUUCCCACUCCGAUGAUGCCCCAGCCGAGCCCUUCAAGACUCUUCUUUCACAGGGCAUGGUCCACGGCAAAACAUUCACGGAGCCUUCAACUGGUCGAUUCUUGCUCCCAUCCGAAGUCGACUUGUCUAGCCCUGACAAGCCCCUGAUCAAGGGCACCACGAUCACGCCCAAUGUAUCCUUCGAGAAAAUGUCCAAGAGCAAAUACAAUGGCGUUGAUCCCACCGUUUGCGCAACCAAGUAUGGCGCCGACGCCACUCGCGCCCAUAUUCUUUUCUCCGCGCCCGUCAGCGAAGUACUAGAAUGGGAUGAGACCAAGAUUGUCGGUGUGGAGCGCUGGUUCGGUCGACUAUGGAAGCUCGUCCACGACGCGCAACAGACUCUAGCUAGCGCAUCCUUUACUAUCAACGCGGCUGAUCUGGAAACCUCUACCGGCCAUAUCGUCUCCCUCCCACCCUCACUCCAAGACCUGAGCGACUCCGAUGCCGAUGCUGUUCUAGCAACACACAACAUCAUCUCAUCCGUGACAUCAUGCAUCGAGUCAAACCCCUACGGUCUAAACACCGUCAUCUCAGACCUAAUCAAACUAACCAACGCCCUAUCAUCGGCUCCCCCCUCCUCCCCUCUAGCCCUCUACCUAUCUAUCUCCUCACUCCUCCGUCUCCUCUCCCCAAUCGCCCCAGCCCUUUCAUCCGAAUCCUGGGAAAUUCUCCACGAACCCCUCCUAAAGAACACCAACCCCCAAACCCCUGUUCCUUCAAUCCUCUCCGCCCCAUGGCCUACACCCCUCCUCACCCCAGACCAAGCAGAAGCCCUCUCAGCGCGCGGCGGCCAAACCGUCGCAGUCCAGAUUAAUGGAAAACUGCGCUGCGCCGUGACUAUCCCGCGCAUGGACUCGUCGGCUACUUCUUCCAAGGGUAAAGGUCCGUCGCAGGAAGAGCAGGACUGGAUUAUCAGUCGUGUUUUGGAAACCGCUGAAGGCAAGUUGUGGCUUCGGGAGAAGAAUGAUUGGGAGAAGAGGAGGAGGGUUAUUGUUGUUAAGGGUGGGAAAUUGGUGAAUGUUGUGUUUUAG